AGUUUAGUUUGCCUAUAGAAAAAGAUUAAGGAUCAAGAUUGUAUUAGCCCUACUUAGAGCAAGAAAAAGAAGGCCUAUUUAAAGCAACACAAAGAAGGGUAACAAAAGGUAAAGAAUAAUAAGCAUGGCCUUGGUAAACAUACUACAUAUGAAUCCUGGAGAUGGGGAAUUAAGCUAUUCCAAUAACUCCUUGCUUCAGGAAACCGCGAUACGGAAUGCUGUACCAAUUUUAAAGCAUUCAAUCAAGGGUAUAGCUAGUUAUGGUGUCUUCAAAGAUUGUAUCACCGUUGCAGAUUUAGGAUGCUCAUCUGGCACAAAUACGUUGUUGGUUGUGUCUAAUAUCAUUGAUAUAGUGCAUGAGGUGUGCCAAGAAAAUAACCGUGGAGUACCUCAAUUUCAAGUUUGUUUAAAUGACCUCUUUGGUAAUGAUUUUAAUACUAUUUUCAAAUCAUUACCUGACUUUUAUGCAAAUCUUAAGAAGAACAAAGGAGAAGCUUUUGGCCCUUGUUUCGUUUCGGCUGUUCCAGGUUCCUUCUACAGCAGACUAUUCCCAAACAAAAGUUUGCACCUUGUCCACUGCGCUACUAGUAAUCAUUGGCUUUCUCAGAUGCCUCAAGGAGUAGAAAAUAAUGGAUCAAAUAUAUACAUGGCGAAAACUAGUCCUCCAAAUGUAUACCAAGCAUAUGGAAAACAAUUUCACACUGAUUUCACAAAAUUUUUACGAAUGCGGUCUGAGGAAGUAGUACAUGGUGGAAGCAUGGUUUUAACAAUUCUUAGUCGAAGUUUAGUUGAUCCAGCUUCUGAUGAUAGUUGUGCAUCCAUUGACCUACUCAGGCAAUCACUUAUCGACAUGGUCAAAGAGGGAUUGGUUAAAGGAGAAGAUAUUAACUCAUUCAAUAUCCCAUUGUAUUUUCCAUGUGAGGAUGAAGUUAGGAACAUUAUUGAAUCUGAGGGAUCAUUUUCCAUUGAAAACUUGAAUGUUUUUAAAGUCAAUUGGGACCCACAUGACACGGAUUACACAAACAUGAAUGAUUCUAAUGAGCUCAGCCAAGUCCAUGGGAAAAACACAUCAAAAGUGCUUAGAGUGGCUCUUGAACCAUUGUUGGUUUCACAUUUCGGAAAUUCCAUCAUUCAUGUGUUAUUUAAGAAGUAUGAGAAACAUGUGGCCGACCAUCUCUCAAAGAAGAAAACAAGACACUUUUUCUUAACCAUUUCAUUGACCAAAAAAUGAAUGGUUCAUGUGUUCAAAAUAAACUUUAGUGGUUUUUUGUAAUGAUAUAUGAUUCUCGUCAUUGUAUACAUCAUGAACCAUCUAUAUAUGAAGGAUUGAAGGUACUGUUAAUUUGG